ACCAAGUGACUAAGUUGUUGUCCUCCACGUGGAUCAAUAUAUAUUUAAUAGUUUUUUCGAGAAGUCGUGUUCUAUUAAGUUUCAUUAGAAAGUUCUAAAAGAGCAUCAAGCAAGGGAAAAAAAAUGGAGCAACCUGAUCUGACAAAACCCACUAUGAUGUGGACUCCUACAAGACAAAACACAAAUAUUGAUAUUUUAAGAAGAAAAAUAAAUGCUAAAUAUGAAGUCAAGCUUGAAAAUUAUUGGAGUUUCCAUGACUGGUCUAUAGAAAAUUAUGCAGAUUUUUGGAAAGAGUUUUGGGAUUUUGCAGGAAUUAUUCAUUCUCAACCAUAUGAACAGGUGAUUGACACAACAAAAAAAAUUAGUGAAAUUCCGCAGUGGUUUAAGGGAGCAAGACUCAAUUUUGCUGAAAACUUGCUUCGUUACAAGGAUAAUAAAAUAGCCCUUUAUGUUACAGGUGAAGGAAUGAAUCCAGUAGAAGAAGUGACAUUUGCCGAGCUCUAUAACAGGGUGGGAGCCUAUGCAGCAGCAAUGAAAAAGCUGGGAGUAAAGAAAGGAGACAGAGUGGUUGGCUAUUUACCUAAUGGUCAGGAAGCUGUGGAAGCUAUGUUAGCAGCUGCAAGCUUGGGCGCUAUUUGGAGUUCAACAUCUCCAGACUUUGGAGUCACAGGAGUUCUUGAUCGAUUCCUUCAGAUCAGGCCCAAGUUGAUAUUUUCUGUGGAUAAAGUUGUAUAUAAUGGAAAGCUUCAUGAUCAUCUGGAAAAGUUACGUCUCGUUGUUCAAGGUCUUUCAGAUAUAGAAAAAGUUAUAGUUAUUCAAUUAAAGAAAACUCUUGGUAGUGGAGAAAGCCAAUUUUCUUCUGUUCCAAAAAGUUGUUCUCUUGAAGACUUCCUAGAAGUUGGGAAAGAUAAAGAAGGUAACAUUCCCAACUUAGAAUUUGUUCAAGUUCCAUUCAACCACCCACUCUGUAUCCUCUAUUCUUCUGGUACAACUGGACCUCCAAAGUGUAUGGUUCACUCUCAUGGUGGGACAUUGAUCAAACAUUUAGAGGAACACUUGCUUCAGGGAAACAUGGAUCGGAAUGAUGUGAUAAUGUACUACACUACGACAGGUUGGAUGAUGUGGAAUUGGAUGGUAACUGCACUUGCCGUUGGAGCAAGUCUUGUACUUUAUGAUGGCUCACCAUUCAUACCAAGCCCAUCAGCUAUGUGGGACCUUGUGGAUAAAACAGGAAUUACUAUUUUUGGAAUCAGUGCCAAAUGGCUAGCUGCAGUGGAGGCUAAGGAAGUGAAGCCCAGAGAAACCCACAGUUUAAAGACCCUUCACACAAUCUUGUCAACUGGGUCUCCUCUCAAGCCUCAAAGCUAUGAUUAUGUGUACAAGCACAUCAAGUCAGACAUCCUACUGGGUUCUAUCACUGGUGGUUCAGAUAUCGUUGCUUGUUUUGCUGGACAAAAUCCUACAUUACCAGUCCACAGAGGAGAGAUUCAAUCUCAACACUUAGGGAUAGCUUUUGAAUGUUGGAACUCGGAAGGUAAAGCUGUCACAGGAGAAAAAGGAGAGUUGAUAUGUACUAAACCAUUCCCAUCUAUGCCCACCCACUUUUGGAAUGAUCCAGAAGGGAAAAGAUACCAACAAGCAUAUUUUAGAAAAUUUUCAGGGGUUUGGUGUCAUGGUGACUUCUGUUUAAUAAAUCCUGAAACCAAAGGGAUUUUAAUGCUGGGACGGAGUGAUGCCACUCUUAACCCUAAUGGAGUAAGAUUUGGAAGUGCAGAAAUCUACCAUGUUGUUGAAUCAAUAAGUGAAAUCCAGGACAGUCUGUGUGUAUCCCAUUUUGAUCGAAAUGGAGAAGAGAAGGUCAUUUUGUUUCUUAAGAUGGCUUCAGGGCAGGUGAAAACAGAUGACUUGAUUGGUCGCGUAAAGGUGGCAAUACGGAAGGAGCUGUCUCCUCGACACGUGCCCGCUCUGAUACUUGAAAUUAAGGACAUACCAUAUACCAUUAAUGGAAAGAAAAUAGAAGUUGCCGUUAAGGAAAUAUUAUCAGGGAGAAACAUCAAAGACAGAGGAUUUUUGGAAAAUCCCCAAUCAUUGGACUUGUUUCGUAACAUUCCUGAACUUCAAGAAUUCUGAUCCUGUGGCAUAAAAAAUUAAUUGCAUACAACAGCCGCUAUUGAUUAUUUAAAAAAACAUUUGAAAUAAGUACAACGACUCCUUCAUGUUAUAGGAUAAUUUGUUCAAAAACGAUAAACUGUUAGCAGUUUGUGUGUUUGGAAUUGGUUGAAUUUGAAGGUUCUUGACAUUCAAAUGCUAGUAUUUUGGUUUAUAUAUAUAUAUAUAUAUAUAUUCUCAAACUG